UGGGACCGGCGGCGGGUCAGGUCCCAGCUGCUGGGACUGGCGACGUGCCAACCAUGAGCUGUUGGGACCGGCGCGUCCUGAGUUGCAGAGGCUGGCGGGGUGCCAGUCCUGAGCUGAGGCAGCUCUGCGCACUCUAGCUGCCACCGACUUGCCGGGAAAUGCUGUCCCGGACCUGACUGCCAGCUGAGAGGCGCUUCCCAUCACUGCGGUGGGUGGGGCGAAUCAGGACUCCCACGUUCCCACCGAUAGGGCUGCUGCACUGGCCGGGCCCAGCGCCCCUGCAGGAUGCAGCCCGCGUCUCCAGGCCGGGAAUCAGUAAUGGAGCCAGGUUUGUGUGACCGUCCACCGGGGAAGAAGCUGCGGCUGGACGCUGAGGCCCGAGAGGAGCCGGUGACGGGAGGCGAGGCCCGAAAGAAGCCAGUGGCGGGCGGCGAGGCUCCGGAGAAGCCGGCGGCGGGCGCUGAGAGUGGGGAGAAGCCGGCGGCGGGCGGCGAGGCCCGAAAGAAGCCGGCGGCGGGCGGCGAGGCCCGGGAGAAGCCGGCGGCGGGCGGCGAGGCCCGGGAGAAGCCGGCGGCGGGCGGCGAGGCCCGGGAGAAGCCGGCGGCGGGUGGCGAGGCCCGGGAGAAGCCGGCGGCGGGUGGCGAGGCCCGGGAGAAGCCGGCGGCGGGCCGCGAGGCCCGGGAGAAGACGGCGGCGGGCGGCGAGGCCCGAAAGAAGCCGACGGCGGACGCCGUGGCCCGGGAGCGACAGGACGGAGCUUACUUUCACUCUUACUCGGACGUAUCCAUCCACGAGGAGAUGAUUGCGGACGUGGCGCGCACGGGCUCGUACCGCCGGGCGCUGCAGUGGGGUUGCCGGCAGGGCCCGCAGCCUGGGCCUGGAGUCGGGCUGUUGCAUGGUCUGACGGUGCUGGACGUGGGCGCGGGCACGGGCAUCCUCAGCGCCUUCUGCGCGCAGGCCGGCGCGGCGCGCGUCUACGCAUGCGAGGCGUGCGCGGUGAUGGUGGAGCGGGCGCGCGAGGUGGUGGUGGCCAACGGUCUGCGCGGCCGCGUGCGCGUGCUGCAGGGCCGCGUGGAGGAUGCGCGCCUGCCCCAGCCGGUAGACGCCAUCGUCAGCGAGUGGAUGGGCUACGGCCUCAUGUACGAGUCCAUGCUCCGCAGCGUCCUCCACGCCCGUGACCGCUGGCUCAAGCCCGGCGGCCUCAUCUUCCCCUGCCGCGCCGAGCUCUACCUCGCCCCGGUCACCGACCCGGCCCUGCAGGAGCGCCUGUCCUUCUGGGCCGGCGUCAAAGAGCGCCACGGCGUUGACAUGUCCUGCAUGAGCACCUUCGCCCGUCGCUGCCUCAUGAAUGACGAGAUGGCGGUGGCCACCCUGCACGGUGAGGACGUCCUGGGCCAGCCCUCCAGGUUCGCGGCCAUCGACCUGUACACGGUCACCGAACAGGAGCUGGCGAAGCUGGGCGGCGACUUCACCACCACCUCCUUCGGCAUUGCCACCAUGCACGCCUUUGCCCUCUGGUUUAACGUUAUUUUCCCCACUUCUGCCCCCACAAGAGAGAUUGCCCAUGAGCCCCUUGCAACCAGCACCAAUGCGAAUGACCCUGAUGCAACUGUUGCCAAUGCUAAUGGUGGUCAAGCAGCCAGCUUUAAUGUUCAAGAUCGAGAUAUACCUGGUCCACGUGCAGCGUCUGUUGAUGCAGAUUUUAAGACUGGAGCCAUUGCAAACAAUGACUGCCAUGCAUCCGGCCCCAAUCUCUGUGAAGCAUCUGCCAAUACAGUUAAUGCUAAUACUAUUAGGCACAAUGCAUUUACCACCAACAGUGACAACCACCAACCAUUAAAUGUCAAUGGUGAUGACCACAGAACAGUUGAUGUUAAUGCCAAGGAGCUCGAGCCGAUCGUUUUGUCAACCUCUCCCUUUGCAGAGGAAACUCAUUGGAAACAAUCCGUACUUUAUCUAGAUGAGCCUGUCGAACUGUUCCAGGACACUGUGUUAAAAGGAAAAAUAACUUUAACCCCAGCUGAAGAUAACCCAAGAUACCUCCGUAUAACUUUGAAUUAUGAGAUUGGAGAUAGUGGGAAAAAAACAAAAACAUUCAAAAUGGGGGAAGAUUACCCCCCCUUUGAAUGAUAUUUUAGAAUGUGUGUAUUGACUCUUCAGUGACUGGUCAUAUUUUCACUGUUUGUUCUCCAGUUAUUUUUCCAGCUGAUUCUUCUAAUCCCAUUAUCUUUUGAAAGAUUCAUUGGGGAAAUGUGUCUCAAUGCAUCAAACCCACCCAGAGAGUUAACUGUCAAGUCAGGAAAUAAAUGACACCUGAGUAUCUUGCAAGAUUGAAGAUUAUGGUACGAAAACAUACUAAUUUUGAAUUUAAGUUGGGCAGGGGUGUUGGGUUGGUUGUAGGGAAUGAAACUGUCUGCUUUUGAUUGAGUUUUUCUUUGUGCAUGUGUAUUUUCUAGAAUUUUAAUAAUAAUGGUGAACUUGCA